CUUCAUUACUUCAUUUCGUUGGUGGUUUCCCGGUCCACUGGAGCCCAUACCCGACUCCGAAAGCACCCCGGCUUUGCUUCGAACGGACCAACCUCAAACAUGCCAGCGGCAACUACUCAAAAGCACAGUGCGAAUGGAGAUCUUACAAGAGGUGGCCAUAAUAGAGAGCAGACAAACACACAACUCUCAGGAAAUUUCGGGCCAUGGACUGACCAGGUCUCCAUCCGUGGGGCAAAAGCUUCAAUCAAACCCUCGAACACCACAAGCUUCCCCUUCCCGAAACUUUGUGAUUGGGGCAGUGGUGAGCGCGUUAUGAUGGGUGUAGAUGGCCGCGGCGGUGUCUCUACCAGCUCCGGCUACGACCGGGAGUUACCUGCACUACCAAAUGGUACGCCAAAAGCGGAACGUGGCCCUGCAAAUAACCCAAAACGCCAUUUCGAUCCACCAGGGUUCUUGCCGUGCUCCUUCAGCAAACGGUCCGAAACCCUCCCGAUACCCCGUUUUGGUCGACCAGGCUCAUUGUCUUCUCUCAGUCAACCACCCCAAAGCAGACCUGCUCAUAUCCAAGCGGAGCUGAACGUCGCUCCCGCCCCUUACGAACCUACUUUUGGUCGGCAAGGCUCCCUGCCCUAUCUCAGAUCACCACCAGGACUCCCACCACCCCCUUUUAGGCAAUCACAAGGACAACAACCAUUUUAUUUCGGCCCAUCCUAUCCUUCAUACUCAUUCGGUCAACCACCAGCCUCGCCAGGGACCACCCCGAGACGAUAUCUUCGCGAGCCUGUGAUCCAAGUAGUACCGCCGGUAACGUUUACCGACGAUGUUUUGAGCAAAUUGCGGGAUCUUGAGAACUGGAUUCGGGAAUCUAAUGACAAAAGCGAAAUUGGCUCGCCGCCAGUUCUUUCUCGGUACUUUUUUUCCCUUUUUGGGGCGCAGUUUCCUUACAGCUUUGAGCUUAGCGCGUUCGUUUUGGCGCUUGAGAGGGAGGAAACCACUCCUCUCGAUACACCUGCUCCGGGGCUCCCGCCGGAUUUGCGAGUUCUCGACAACAUAGAGCAGGAAGCGGAUAUAGACGGAUACCUCAAGACACCGAUUAAGGAGGAGAUGGAAGCAAUGGUGGAUAAGCUUGUGGAGGAAAACUCUUGAAUACCAAUGGGUUCGUCGAGAAAGCUCGGAGCACUGCCGCCUGGGAUAUCCUUAGCUUUAGAGAAGCAGAUCACUAGGUCACACUGCGAAUGGUUCUUGUCGUAGAUCAUUGUGAUUGGUCACGAAAGAGUGACUUGUACAAUGAAAAGGGCCGUUAGAUCAACUUCUGGUGUAUGGAGAAGAAGUUCUCCUCUCUUC